CUUCACCAAGUCAUUCCAGAUGUCGGUUCUUAGACCCAAAGAAAGAUACGACCUGUACUUGGAAAGUAGAAUCAAAGGUUUGUCGGGAAAGGUCUCAGUGAAGCUGCUAGAUCCGAGGCUCCAUCGCUUUGGCUGACUAAAACUCUAUUCCAGUCUCCCCUCAUACAUGAGCUCUCGACGACUCUUACAUACGUAAAAGUAUUUUCACCUGCCUGCUUUACUGAAUUUGACGACCCAAGCGUGAGGAAGUAUCUAAAUCUAUUUUUCUCGGUUCAGUUGUACGCCCCCCCCCGCCGUCGCACUGUAUCGUUCCUGUCUGCGACUUUUAUGUGCUUUUGCUGUUGUAGAAGAAACAUGGGCAAUUCUGGUUCCAAGCCGCCACUGACAGGGCUGGCGAAGGUGGUUGACGCAGACUGGUUGGUGCGCCAAAAAUGGUACGUCAUUGCUUGCACACCCACCCCGUUCGACCCGGAACCGCAUGACGCAGUGGAAAGAUACUCCUGGACGGACGAGACAAAGACGAAUUUCAAGGUAUUAGACGAGUGGAGUUCUUUGAAACAAAAUGCGAGAUCGUGAUCGGAUUGUAAGAGGUUGCAACAAGAAAUAAACAUUGUCCAUCCAAGGGACGAUGAUUAUUUUCAUCAACGCAGGUAACGUACAAGUUCCGUCCCCGUUCGUCAGACGCAAAGGUGGACACGAUGUUUCAGGACGGAAAAACAACAGCAAACGUGAACGAGUGGAAGGUGCGGCCGCGAAUAUUUGGCGGCGCGCUGCAUGUCAUCAUGUGGCUGCCGUACUUGAUAUUGGAGUGUCCAGCGGGUGGUAGUAGUGCGCAGCAGGGCAGCAAGCCUUUCGUCGUGGGAUACCCGGAUCGGUCGUUGAUUUGGAUUAUGUCCCUGCAAAAGGAGAUGGCUGAUAGCGAGUACAAGGAGACCUUAGACCGCUGCGAAAACGAGUACGGGUAUGAUAGAGCGAUGCUGGACAAGCUUUGGAAAGUCCCCUUCAAAAAUGACAUACCCGAUGAGUAGAACUACUUCAUCUGAGAACUACAUUUUUUUCUCCACGCUGCUAAAUUACUGGGACGCAACGGAAACCUCCUCGUCAUAAUUGGCUACCGAUUGGACUCGGUGUGCUCCAAUAUCUUGCCUCCGCGUCCGCGCGGCACCGCGUGGUGCGGCUGAGCACCCUACCGUGAUGC